AAUUCCGUUUCGUUCGGACGUUCGCGCGCAUUUUACAAACAAGCUCCAAUCAGACAACAACAACACAAGAGAAGCUGCUAUCAAACGGGUGUCCCGGCGUUUCAUAAUAAAAAAUAUCCUAAACUUCCAAGCGAAUUAAUUUGACAAGUUCCGAAAUUCCUUUUUUGCACCACUCCCCCUCCUAUCGCUGUGUGCUUUUUCGUGUGUGUAUCCUGCCAUCAUCUCCUAUCGUCCGUUCGAGUGUGUGUGUCCCCAGAGGGUGUGGCUCCCCCGUCGCCGUAGCAAGGAAAAUAAAUUCCAGCACAAAACAAAACAACAUAAAACCUGACAAAAAAUGUCCGUCUCUUCGAAUGCCUCGUCGGCCUCGCGCAAUGGCAGUGUGGAUGAUAGCACCACAACCAACACCACGACCACGACCAAUACGGACAGCUCCGAGCUGACGCACAUCCUGAAUCGCCGGCAGGAGAUCAUGGACUCCCAGGAGGCCGGCAUUGAUGUGCCACGCACCUUCAAGGUGGUGAAUGUCUACACCGAAUUCCACGAGUUUUCGCGCAAGCAAAUCAAGGACUACCAAAAGACCUUCAAUACCUAUGACACGGCUCGCGAUGGUUUCUUGGACCUAAAUGAGCUCAAGUUCAUGAUGGAGAAACUGGGUGCACCGCAAACCCAUUUGGGGCUGAAGAAAAUGAUUGCCGAGGUGGAUGAGGACAACGAUGGCAAGAUCUCUUUCCGUGAGUUCCUGCUGAUCUACCGCAAGGCCCAGGCCGGGGAGCUGGACAGCGAAUCGGGCCUGAAUCAGUUGGCUCGUCUCACCGAAAUCGAUGUGGAUCAGGUGGGCGUCAGUGGUGCCAAGAACUUUUUUGAGGCAAAGAUUGAACAGCAGCUGAGGACGAACAAGUUCCAUGAUGAGAUACGACAGGAGCAGGAGGAUCGUCGUCGCGAGGAGGAGGAGCGUUUACAGCGCCGGCAGCAGUUCCAGCAACGGGCGGCGAUCUUCCAAUAAGGAGUUAGCCUCCCUCCCCUCCCCAACCCUUUUGUAGUCUAGCGCGUAAUGCUUUUUUGGGCGUAGGUUAAAGAAAAUGUGGAACUAAUCUUAGGAGGAGCUGCAGGCAAGCGGCAGGCAUUUUUCAAGCAUCAAAGCACAUCACAUACGAGAACUAUUGUAAUCCAAUAUCCCAUAUUAAUCGUCCAUAUCUAUACAUACAUACAUACAUAACUACAUGAAACAUACAUACCUACUACAUAGAUAAACGAUCCAUACCAAAUGCCUAAGUUACAUAUACUAUAAUUAGUUACUUUGAUUUAAGUGGGGAAAAUGUUUUAGUUUUUUUCGUUUC